GCACUGACGCGUCCCGGGUCGCGCCGGCCCAAGAUGGCGUGGUCCGCGUCCGUGCGCGGGCUAGCGCAGCGGGUGCUGGCCUGCAACCGGGAGCUGCCUGGCGCCUGGCGCACCCUGCACACCUCCGCGGUCUGCGCCAAGAACCGGGCGGCGCGAGUCCGCGUGGCCAAGGGGAACAAGCCGGUGAGCUACGAGGAGGCGCACGCCCCGCACUACAUCGCACACCGAAAGGGCUGGCUGUCGCUGCACACAGGUAACCUGGAUGGAGAAGAUCAUGCUGCAGAGAGAACCCUGGAGGAUGUUUUCCUUCGAAAGUUUAUGAUGGGCACCUUUCCCGGCUGCCUGGCUGACCAGAUUGUUCUAAAGCGCCGGGCCAACCAAGUGGACAUCUGUGCCCUGGUCCUCAGGCAGCUGCCUGCACACAAAUUCUACUUCCUUGUGGGCUACAGUGAGACUCUGUUGUCACACUUUUACAAGUGUCCUGUGCGACUCCACCUGCAAACUGUGCCCUCCAAGGUUGUGUACAAGUACAUAUAAAAAGUGUGCUUUUCUCCAGCAGAGCCUGCAAGGCCACAGAGGUGGAGACCAAAUGCCUGCUCUCUGAGGUGGAGGCGUCAGCUCCAAGCUGCUGUUGAAUAAAACCCUGAUCAUGUUUUGUCCCU